AACUGAAAACGGCAAAACCCGGAUGCUGAGUUUGAAGUCCAAAGCCGUGACAUCCAUAAAGUGGGAUGUUGGGCCACAAAGUCCAAUCUUGACAGCUGUAGAGUUAGGUGCUUUGUUCCACUUUUGAUUCUCGGUGGAGGUUUAGAACAAACUGGAACCGAAGUUAUUCCGGUCAUAAUUUCAAGUUUUUGAAAGCAACCGGGGGCCACUGAAAGCAACUUAUCUGAGCCGAUAACCAGACCCACGCCCCGAGCAAAUCUUCUACCGCGCGGGUGAGAUCGUUGAGAUCUGGUGACUAACUUCGUCGCCAUUUUGAGUCACACAUCGCCAGCCAGACGUACAUGCAUAGGCUUCAGAUCUUUAGUGGAAAGCAAGGACGCGGAAUAAAUAAUCAUGGAGGUACAAAUUCUAGAUGCCAGAAGCGGGAGGGUAUCCUGUGUCCUAAAAGAUCUGUCUCCAUCCUGCACCAUUUCUGAUGUUAAAGAGGAGUAUCAUAAAAAAUUUUCAAAGUUAUAUCCUGAAAGACAAUCAUUUCGGCUUGAACCAAGAGGAAAAGCUGUGAAAGAUGAAGAAACAUUAGAAUCCUUAGAAGUUAAGGAUGGAGGCAAAUUAUACUUUAAAGAUUUAGGUCCCCAAAUAAGCUGGACAACGGUAUUUUUAGUUGAGUACGCUGGUCCUCUAGUAGUUUACAUGCUGCUAUACAUUCGACCUGCUAUUGUUUAUGGACCUGAAGCAGCCAGCAAACCUUAUGCCACUGUAGUACAGUAAGUUUGCUUUGUAGUGGGUAAAAAAAUUAGAGUGCAUUUCA